UAGUUGAGUUUGUCAAUUUUUAAAAAUCGUCGAUUCAAAUCUUUCAAAGUGGAGUUCCCUCAAGAAUAUCAUCAACCCAACCACCACCACUUCGUCAGCCAUCAUCACACCAACGCCAAGAUGUCGGACGACGAUGAAGGUUUCGUCUACUCUCCCGAGGAGAUCGAAUGCCUCAAGGACCGAAAGUGGUGGUGCUUCCUUCUAUCCAGCAUCUUUACCUUCCUGGCCGGCCUGCUGAUUGUCCUUUUAUGGCGAGCCUUGUCCAUUAUCUGCUGCCGAAAAGACGCAUCCCCAGAGUACAGCCAGAGCGACUUGAAGCAGCAGCAACAGAACUUACCCAAACCACCGCGGCAAGCCAAGGAAGAGUUCGAAGGCACCUUUGUCACAGACGCCAAAGACUGGGCCGGCGAGCUCAUCUCUGGACAAACCACAACUGGACGCAUUUUGGUGGUACUCGUGUUUAUAUUGAGCAUCGCUUCCCUCAUCAUUUAUUUCAUCGAUGCAUCCAGCGAGGGCGUCGAACAAUGCAAGGAGUGGUCGAGCAAUAUGACGCAGCAGAUCGACCUCGCCUUCAAUAUAUUUUUUAUGGUCUACUUUUUUAUAAGAUUCAUCGCCGCUAGCGACAAAUUGUGGUUUAUGCUGGAGAUGUACUCUUUCGUCGACUAUUUCACGAUACCACCUUCCUUUGUGUCCAUCUAUCUGGACCGGACCUGGAUCGGUCUCAGAUUUCUUCGUGCUCUGAGGCUGAUGACAGUGCCGGAUAUCCUGCAGUACCUCAACAUUCUUAAGACAUCCAGCUCCAUCCGCCUGGCCCAGCUGGUUUCCAUCUUCAUUUCAGUUUGGUUGACUGCAGCCGGAAUCAUCCACUUGCUGGAGAAUUCCGGAGAUCCGCUCGACUUCAGCAACCCACAUCGGCUGUCUUACUGGACGUGCGUCUACUUUUUAAUCGUGACCAUGUCAACGGUGGGCUACGGUGAUGUCUACUGUAAGACGAUCCUAGGUCGGACGUUUUUAGUUUUCUUUCUACUCGUCGGCUUGGCCAUCUUUGCCAGUUGUAUCCCUGAAAUUAUUGACCUGAUCGGCACUAGACCCAAAUACGGAGGCACUCUGAAGAAUGAACGUGGACGCAGGCACAUAGUCGUCUGCGGACACAUCACCUACGAGUCAGUGUCGCACUUUCUUAAGGAUUUCCUUCACGAGGAUCGAGAAGACGUCGACGUCGAAGUCGUUUUCCUUCACAGGAAAGAACCCGAUUUGGAACUGGAAGGCCUGCUGAAGAGGCACUCCACCACCGUCAAGUUUUUUCAGGGCUCCAUGAUGAAUGCCGUUGAUUUGGCCAGGGUCAAGGUCCACGAGGCUGACGCCUGCCUUGUCUUGGCAAACAAAUAUUGUCAGGAUCCAGAUGCUGAGGAUGCUGCCAACAUCAUGCGAGUCAUUUCUAUCAAAAAUUAUUCGGACGAUAUCAGGGUCAUCAUUCAGCUGAUGCAAUAUCACAACAAGGCCUACUUGCUGAACAUUCCCAGCUGGGAUUGGAAGCGUGGUGACGACGUCAUCUGCCUGGCCGAACUCAAGUUGGGCUUCAUCGCCCAAAGUUGCUUGGCGCCCGGAUUCUCCACCAUGAUGGCCAACUUAUUCGCCAUGAGAUCGUUCAAGACCUCGUCGGAUCUACAGUCAUGGCAGAACGAUUAUCUGCGUGGCUCCGGCAUGGAGAUGUACACCGAUACGUUGAGUCACACCUUUAUGGGUCUGACUUUCACUCAAGCGGCCGAGUUGUGUUUUACCAAGCUCAAGCUCCUCUUACUGGCCAUCGAAUUGAAAUCUGAAGACGGACUCGAUUCGAAGAUCUCCAUUAAUCCGCGCGGAGCAAAGAUAUCGUCAAACACGCAAGGAUUUUUCAUAGCGCAAUCAGCUGACGAGGUCAAAAGAGCCUGGUUCUACUGUAAAGCCUGCCAUGAAGACAUAAAAGACGAAACGCUCAUCAAGAAGUGCAAAUGCAAAAACUAUGUGGGCUUAAUGAUGAUUCAGUCGGGACUAUUCGGAUUAACGUCCCAUGAUCAAGAAGCGAACGUGGCCGUCUUCCGGAAAGGUGUUCGGGCUGUACAAGUCAUCGGUCGCGCAAGUGCGGAUUACUCCAUCUGCGACAAUGACCAUGUGACUCCUCAGUUUACGCCUCCAGAGUUGCCAAAGCGGGUGCAUGUCAGAGGUGAAUUAUUACGGGAAGACGAUCCGCGAUCUCCAUUGCACAAUCAACACAACGCAGCAACUACGCCGCUGCUAUCGGCCGUCAACAAGACCCACAGCAGUACGAAUCGGACCAUAAAUAAGCUGACCGGCAACUCCUCUGGCACUCGCACAGCAGCCAUCGACGGCGGCCAUUCUCCAUCGCCGGAUUUCAACGCGAGGGCCAAGGAGGACAGUUCGUAUGCUGGUUAUCAUCUGUCAUAUGAAGUGAAAAAACUCAUGCCUACGAGUCGAGGGUCUGCUGGAAAUGGAACACACAACACGGGCAUUGCUGACGACCAGGCCAGGGAUUUCGAUUUUGAAAAGACGGAGAUGAAAUACGACUCGACUGGCAUGUUUCAUUGGUCCCCCGCUCGCUCCCUGGAAGACUGUAUACUGGAUCGCAAUCAAGCGGCCAUGACGGUGUUGAAUGGUCACGUAGUCGUUUGCCUGUUCGCUGAUCCCGACUCGCCAUUGAUCGGAUUGCGAAAUUUGGUCAUGCCCCUUCGAGCCUCUAAUUUUCACUAUCACGAGCUCAAGCAUGUGGUCAUCGUUGGCUCCGUCGACUACAUCCGACGAGAAUGGAAAAUGCUUCAAAACUUGCCCAAAAUUUCAGUGCUCAAUGGAUCACCGCUGAGUCGAGCAGACUUGCGGGCUGUCAACGUCAACUUGUGUGACAUGUGCGUCAUUUUGUCGGCCAAAGUACCCAGCAACGAUGAUCCAACCCUGGCCGACAAAGAGGCAAUCUUGGCAUCGCUCAACAUCAAAGCCAUGACAUUCGACGACACCAUCGGCGUCCUAUCGCACAGUAAUAGCGGUCGUGAAGCGCUGACGCCAAUUGGCAGCCCGAUUGUUCUCCAACGACGAGGAUCUGUCUAUGGCGCAAACGUUCCCAUGAUCACGGAAUUGGUGAAUGAUAGCAACGUGCAGUUUUUGGACCAAGAUGACGACGACGAUCCGGAUACGGAGCUCUACCUCACUCAGCCAUUUGCUUGUGGAACUGCGUUCGCCGUCAGCGUACUCGACUCUCUCAUGUCGACUACGUACUUCAAUCAAAAUGCACUCACGCUCAUCCGGUCUCUUAUCACUGGUGGAGCCACACCUGAGCUUGAACUUAUUCUCGCUGAAGGAGCCGGCCUUCGUGGAGGAUAUAGUACACCAGAAACGCUCGGCGAACGAGACCGUUGCCGGGUGGGCCAGAUCUCAUUAUACGAUGGACCUUUGGCCCAAUACGGUGAGGGUGGCAAAUAUGGAGAUCUUUUUGUUGCUGCACUACGCAACUAUGGCAUGCUGUGUAUAGGAUUGUACAGGUUUAGAGAUACCAGUUCAUCAGUUGAUGCUUCAUCCAAACGCUACGUCGUUACGAACCCCCCUGACGAUUUCACGCUAUUACCUACCGAUCAGGUGUUUGUCCUGAUGCAGUUCGAUCCUGGUCUUGAAUAUCAACCUAACCGAGGAGAUCACGGCCGCGAAGGGAACUCCUGACUCUUGCUCUGUAGCGCCCUCACCGAUGGUCCUUAUUCUUACAUUUGAAAUAAUAAAUCGAACUCAGUCAACUCAACACACUUUCAAUUUAGCGGAGCAAAAAACAAAGGAAACAAAGAAGAAUCGCGGAAUUUAGGCGUGCGCUUCAAACAUUGGCCUCUUCAAUUAUCACUGAGUAUCAUCCAACUUCCUUGUCCUCCCCCAUCCUCCUUCAAAAACACCCUUGAUGUUCCCCAUUUUCUACCUGAGGUCUUUGUUGUCACACCCAUAUUUCGAUACAGGAGAAAAACCAAAAAACAAAAGAAUAUUUUGGAACGUAAGCCCCAAAUAGAAGUGAAAUAGAAGAAAUGAGGGGAGGGGUUGGGUUCGUUUGUAGGAAAAACUCUAUGACGACCUCCAUAUAUCCAACGAUUGUUGAACUGUGAUACCUUGUAAGGAAAAUACAAAAUUUAACCCCCCCAAAAAAAACAUAACAAAAAAAAAAAAAAAACAAAAAAAAAACAAAAAAAAAAAAGAAUACUGGCCAAGCGCAGAUUAAGUACUGAUGUUACCGCAAAAGUUCUGGUUAAUACGUUGCUCCCUCCUUAAAAAAAAAAAUCCCGUUUUCAAAGUUGUUUACUAAUUCACAGUCAAACUGCAACACUUCAUUUUUUUUUUCCACUGUUGUUGCCAGGGAAAGUAUUUCAUAAUUUUUUUAAAUUGUUACAUCCGGUGUUUUGUUGAAAAUUUCAUUACCAAAAAAAUGAUACCAUGGUGAGGUGCUCUACAGGCAAAAAAAUCCGAUCUUGAUUCGUUGACAAACUGUUUUUGGCAAUUCUAGUCCACGAAUUACGACUUUGACUAUACUUGAAAAUAGCCGUCUGAAGUGGGUCAUUGAACGACCUACAAUUUCUGCUGGUUCUACUAAUAUGCAAAUACUUAAAAUUGUGUGAACGGUGUGACACGUCAUUUGCGUGGUGACAUUUCUUGAGUGUGAGAUGAAUUAUGGUCGACAUUGUUUGAUCCCCCUUUUCUUCUUCCCGGUAGGCCGACAAGUUCUCUUGUUUUGUUUUUUUUUUGUUUUUUUUAAUAAUCUGCCCUUCAUUUUUCUAAUUCUAUAUACCUUGUUCACACAUACAAAAUCGCAUUUUCAUGUUUCCCGAGAGAUGAGAGAAAUCCGCUCUUUAGUAUUCGCCCUCCAAAACGAGUCGGUUUUACCCAUCGUGUUCUAAAAAAAACAAACAAAAAUACGAAUACUGCUCUAUUCUAAUUGCUAAAUUCUUUUCUCCAUGAGUGACAUGUUGCUCCCAUCUUUAACCUUUUUUAAAGGCAUUUCUCGUCUAUUUUUCAUUCUCCUAACUCGUUUUUCUUUUCACUACUAUCUGUCUACCUGUCGCUCUCUCCUCUGUCAUCAUUUACAUAGCAUUAACGUUCUAGGCCCUGUCAGUUCAUCAGUGUUUGAGAGGACUAUUUUCUUUUGAACUGUAGAAAAUGAAAGAGAAAAAACACGAAUUUACUUGUAUGAUUCAGCGUUUGGGAUUGACCCAGACGAUGAUGUCUGCAUUGUACCUCCGGUUUAUUUCAACCGAUAUUUCUUUGACACACCUGGACUGUUAUCUCGUGCGCCUAUUUCACAUCCUGUCUUUCCCUUUCAUCCAACUUCACUGCUGGUAGUACCAACAUUUUGUUUGAGAGUUAGUUUGAACGAUUUGCGAUUAAAUGGCUCUGAAUUAUUAUACUUUGGGAUGGGGGAGGUGUUUAAACCCAUGUAAAUGUAUUAAGGAUGAUAGGACAAAAUUGUUUUGAUUUGGGAAGGGCGGCAGUCGUUGUGAAAUGGUUCAUUGUUACGUCAUCCAAUGAAAAAUGAGUUACGUCUCUCACUCUCUCCCUUCUGUCUCCAUCGUUUUCCAUUUGACUUUUUUUUUCUCUUCUCAAUUCACCACGUUCACCGAGUCAAUGUUUCUUGCAAAAAAAAAAAAAGUAUUACGAAAAACAACUAAAAAUUAAGUCUAUUUAGUCUUGAACUCUAUUUCUCUUUCUCUGUCUAUUUCUCUUUUUCAUUUUUCUCCGUCUUAUGGAUUCGUUGUUUUAUCUAACUUCAAUUUUCCUUUCUCUGUUCUUAAUUCGACAUUUACAUACAAAACCGAGAACGUUUUUUUUUUGGUUUUCAAAGCACUGAAGCUACACCCACCUCCUUGCCUUAUUGUUUACCGUAUUUAACCGGAGAGGAAGAAAAAAUCAAUACACAUGUUCAUU